CCUACGCCGGCAUCCAAAAAGAAACAACAACCUGCCGUGGGAAACAACAACCGGUGUGUAUAGCCGGUGUGUCCAAAGCCCUUUUACAUACAGAGACACACAGUACGCAGCAUAAAGGCAGCCCCCCUCCUCGCAUCCCUCCCCCGGGCACCAAGAAAUGCUAUCUCGCCUCCACUCCAGCCUCCCAAAAAGCAUCUUCAAAACAGCCCUCCCAAAACCAACAAUUGCCACCCACAUCAGCAGGCAAUUCACCAACAUGUCCGCCACAAACCAACUCUACGGCUCGGGCUCGGCCCGGCCCAACGACCAACAGCCGGCGCGGAAGAUUCUAGCCGAUUUUCGUAGCGAUACAGUGACAACCCCAUCCCGAGCGAUGCGGGAAGCCAUGCUGACCGCAGAAGUCGGCGACGACGUGUUUGGGGAGGAUCCGACGAUUAAUGAACUGCAGAGGAAGGUUGCGGAGAUGACGGGGCAUGAGGAUGCUUUGUUUUUGCCGACUGCUACGAUGUCUAACCAGAUCGCCGUCCGCACUCACCUGACCUGCCCCCCCUACUCCGUCAUCUGCGACCACCGCGCGCACGUCUUCAACUACGAAGCCGGCGGGAUCUCCUACCUCACCGGCGCCCAACUCGUCCCCGUAACCCCCCUCCCCGACCACCCCCACCUAACAGCCGCGGCAAUCACCCCGCACCUCGUCCUCGACGACGACGUGCACCACACGCCGACGCGGUUGAUCUGCAUGGAGAACACGCUGAAUGGGGAGGUGGUCCCGAUUGAGAAUAUCAGGGAGGUCACGGCGCUGGCGAGGGGUAAGGGGGUGAGGACGCAUUUGGAUGGGGCGAGGUUGUGGCAUGCGAGUGUAAAGACAGGGAUUGAGUUGAGGGAGUAUUGUGGGCACUUUGAUUCGGUAACGCUAUGCUUCUCAAAAGCCCUCGGCGCCCCCGUCGGCUCCACCCUCGUCGGCUCCAAAGCCUUCAUCAAAAAAGCCCGACACUUCCGCAAAAUGUUCGGCGGCGGCAUGCGCCAAGCCGGCCUCCUCGCCUCCGCCUGCCUCCACGCCCUCUCCCACACCCUCCCCACCCUCCAUCAAACCCAUGCCAUCGCCACCUCCCUCGCCACUCGCAUCACAUCCCUCGGUCUCCCCCUGACCAAGUCGCCUGAUACCAACAUGGUGUGGUUUGAAUCCCCGGUGUCUGCUGAUGAGUUGAAGGUGCUGUUGGAAGCGGAGGGUGUGAGGAUUUUUGGCGGGGUGGGGAGGGAGGUUAGGUUGGUUGUUCAUUGGCAGGUCGGGGAGGAGGGGGUGGAGGCUGUUGUUAGAGUUUUGGAGGGGUUGGUGAAGCGGGAGGGAACGAAGUAGGGCUUCCAUCUCCUGACCGCCCAGCUUAGGUGUGUCGGGGUUGGGGCUUCCCUCUGGAACAGGUAGAUACUUAGAGUACAGUAGCACGCGUGAAAACCUUUCUCCAUGUUCCCUUCAUAAAAGUCGCUCGAGCAUUUCAUCGAUAGAUAAUGGGGAUAUAUAUAUAUAUGAAUGAUAUCACAGCA